AUGGGUCUUAGGAAGAGAGCGGCCGUGCCUAUUGACGACGUUGUCGUUGCUUCCGAGCCGGCGCCAAAAAGAAAGGGUCGAGUCCCCCAGACUGAGGGAUUCUCCUCCUUCUCCCCUUCGGAGCUCUUCCAUUGCGUCGCGGCUUCGACGAGGAAAGCCUCGACUUCUGUUCCUGAGGGCGUUCCGGAGCAAGUGAUCGAGCUUGACUCUCCUCCUUCCUCGGACCAUGACGAGUCUUCCCAUCACGAUGAGAGUGCUUCUCAUCACGAUGAUGGUUUGAGGACUCCGGCGCGUGGUGGUUCGCCUUCUAAGGGGGACGAGUUCCUCACCCCUGGUGGUGGCGUUCCCUCCUCUGACCGGCGUGAUCGUGGUGGUUUCGAAGGAGGGGAAUCAUCUCGGCGUCCAGGUGAGAAUGAUGAGGCGGUGUCUCGUCACUCGGAGGCGGGUGGUUUUGCUCCUGGCUCGAACCUCGGUGCUGAGGGUGGCGCCGGAAUUCCAAAGGAUGGUCCUGAGGGCUAUAAUCCUCACGCGUUCAAGACGUGGUGGAAUGGCGGGAGUCCUCUUAUGGAGGACCAGGAUGCUUGCGGAGGGGCGACUUGGAUGUCUAAAGUUCAUCCCGGCUUGGGGAUUCCGCGUGAGGAGCUCACCUUUAGGACCGAUUUCGACGAAGCUGCUCAACAUCAUAUUAUGUCUGGCGGGAAGUUCACCGCGUUGGUCCAGAAGUACGAGACGGCGCUUCGGGCAGCUAAGGACGAAGCCUUUGUGUUGCGGCGAGAGCGGGAGAUGGCCAAGGAUGUCGAUACAAUGGUGGCUGAUUUGCAGCAGGAUAAACUGGUGCUUGAGUCGAAGGUCGCGGCGCUGAACAGGGAGAUAGUGAAGACUCUCGGACUCCAGGAGGUAGCAGACAAGCUGAGGGCUCAAGUGAGUGAUCUGGAGGAGAAGGCGCGUCGGGAUGCAGAGGCUUCUGCUGCUGAGAUGGAGCGUCUCCGACGGUCUCGUCGAGAAUCGGUCGAGGCGGCUGUGACUCAGGUCUUCGACUCGGUGAAUGACUGGUAUGCUCCUCGCCUCCAUCGCUUGUCGGAGUUCGUCGCGCAGCGGGACAUGGUUGAAGCCGCUGUGGGGAGGAGGCAAGUCGACGAAGCUCUCCUCAACUUUGUGAAGAAGAUUCGGGGAGUGGAUCUGAACUUCGACGCGGUGGAGGAGAAGCUCGCGGCUAAGCUGGCGAAGAGCAUCGCGGAUGGGGAUGCGAUUGACGAAGUUGUUAUCGAUGAUGAUGACUUCGCUCCGCCUAACAGCCUUAAACGGCUGGUGCUGCCGGGAUCUCCUUCUCGUCGAGAUGGUGGUGGUGCGGAUCCGGGUGCGGGACCCUCUACUUCUGGGGCCAAGUCUGCUUAG